UGGGUAUCUAUGGCAUAACGAUAAAAAUUUUGAACGGAUCACCGAUAAAAAAAAAAACUGCUGAUUACCGGCAAAUUUCUGAUAUAUUGGACAAUAUUGGAUAAAAUUUGUUCGUGAUAUUGAAUCAAUAUGCGUGGAAAAAUGUGGUUCACAUUUUCAGUGCUAUUCGUAGUGAUUCAAAGUAUUUGUGCUUUGGUAGAUGUGACAAUUGAUCAAAACUUGGAAAAUGCAGGUUUCCAUAGACUGUUAGUUACCAAUAUUACGCUUUACGCCAAUUUGACAUCUUGUAAUCUGUUGCUAGAAGAAAAGUUUCCAAAACAUUUUUACAUUGCGGACAGCGAACUAGAAAAUAUUAACCAGUUUAGCGAAGUGAACUUGAAACUGAGUCACAAGCUCAAUGUGGAAACAACAGCUUCGGAAUCUGUCCCCUUUUCAGCUUUUAUAUUCCUGAAUAAAAGUCAGCCAGUCGUAACGAGCACUGAAUUUCGUACUAAUUACUUGUACAGUAUCCCAUUACGAGUGAGAUAUCAUGAUCCUAAAACAGAAGGAGGUGUUAGAGAAUUCAAAAAACCGCCGGUGAUAUUGUAUGGUCGUUGUCCGUCAGGCCUAAGCCUACCAAAGGGUACCGUUGCCAAAUUGUUGUGUGAUCCUUACACUUCGGAGACGUGUGAAUGGACUACGUUAUCGUUUACUCAGAAAAGUUUACUACCUCAGAUUUUGAUUCCUGUUGGUGACACCAAUCAUUAUCCUUACGUGCUCGUUUCCACCCACAUAUCGGCCUACGUAGGAUUAUUUUAUCUACUCUGCAGCUUAUUCAUAAGAAGUUAAGUAAUGGGAUUGUAUAGCAUUUUCGUUAAUAAUAUUAACAAGUAAGACUGAAACUAUCAAUUUUUCUUAACGGGUUUUAAGUGUUUUGUUUUUGCAUACAACGAAAAGUUUAAUCAACUUUCAAAAUAAUAUUUUUAUUGUCCUUGUUCAUUGUAAAAAAUAAUUGCAUUGGUGUUUUUCUUUUAACGAAAAUAAAAAGUUCAAAAACACGUUUUGUUGAAUUAAUAAUUUUUAGCCGAUGAAGCGAAACUCUCCAACAUUUUAAAAUAAAAUUCAUGAUAUUAAACAGCAUAAAAUUUUUAAUGAAUGCAUCAAUAAUGCGAAACCUAAACGAACAUUUUUAACUACCUUAAAAACGAAUUUAAAACGUUGAAAUAACAAUAAAAUAAAGUCUUAAGAAUGAAAAUUACUUUAGUUAUCACUAAAGCUAGAAUGUAAUGAAACUGAAUUAAAUUGGCGAAGUUGAAUAGUUAUUUCGAAUGAAGUACAGAAAAUAUAAACGAAUGCACCGCAUAUAUACAAAAAUUCUUACAGAUUAUUUACAUGGUAGUAUGUUUUUCUCUGAUAACCUAUUCAAACUGUGUUAUGUUGCUUGGCACAUCCUUCCUCGUUUUCCGAACAAUUUAGUGAAUAUCAUCAGGAUUGAACAUUCCCUAAAUAGAAAUGACGUAUAAGUAAAACCAAUCGUUGAUCAAAAAAUUAAAUAAGUCACAAAAGUAUACCUUGGCUCUUCUCAAUAUAGAAUCUUUUGUAGCAUCGUAAGGAUGAUCUUUCGACGGAAUUUCUAAUAUUGCUGGUAUUGGCUGAGUAUGGGCAUCAAUGCUAUGUCUUAUCAUUUCAGCAACCUAAAAAGUGCAUCAAUAUUGACAUUUGUUCAUGAUUUAUGCAUCACACACCACAUUACUCACAUUCUGAUUGAUUAAUAUGAUAUCGAUGUCAUCCCUCUUGACGAAGCGUUUGAAGCAAUCUUCGAUAUCGCUUACUGCCGUGUCUGAAAAAAAUGAAUAAAAUUCAAAGUCUAAACAAGAACUAAUUGGAUGACAGUUCAAAGAAACAUACUUUUGUCCACGACCAUGAAAUUGGGAUGUCUGUUCUUAUUUAUUUCUCCGAUACCACCCAACAGAAAUCCAACGCAAGUGUCCUGAAACAUGAUUCAACUAAUUAUAUGGGUUCGUAACUUUCAGAAAAGUUUAACUUUCAAUUGUGAUAAUAACACUUGAGACGCGUACAUUUUAUGACCUAUUCUACAUGAACAUGACAUCAACUUACCUCAUCGCCGAUCACUGCCAGGAGUUUGCCUUUUACUGCAGAAUGCAUAGUCAUUUUGGAUUGAAUAUAAACUCAAGUUCACAAAAUGUAGCUUCAAAGUUUUAACAGAAAAGAAAUUUCGAACAAAAAAGUAGAAAAAGAAA